GAGGUGGAAGUUGUAAGAUUGGUGCUACGUGCCCAGCAAGGAUGGAAGUCCUAUUGAAGAAUGACAAAAAGUGGAUAUGACUUGGCACAAGAAUUAUUUUAGCCAUGAGUGUGACAUUCGUUUUAUGAAACUAAUUGCAACUGAAAGAGGGAUGAUUGCAACAAGACUGAGAAACCAUGAAUCCAUUGACUCCAUCCUUGACGACGUUAGGGAAUCAUUAGAAAGACCAUCAGAUUUUAAACGCCUUCACCUUUUGGAGAAACGAGACCUGUGGAAUCUUUUAAGGACUGUUGAAUUUAAAUUGAGACAUGCUCAUACUAAUGACUACACAAGUGUCGGAAUUUUAGUUGAAAAGUUUAAGAAGAGGGGUGACAAGAAUCCAGUAUUGUUUUAUAACCCCCAGGACCAGCCUUGUACUUGUGAUGACCCGCAAUGCUGCCUAACUGACUCUGAUUUUAUGUUAGUGAUAUCCACUCCAUACCAAAGAGAAGAGCUGGCACCUUUUACUGAUGACAAAGUUCUGAUUGAUAGCACGCAUGGCACUAAUGACUAUGAUUUUCAGUUGACAACUUUGGGCUCUGUAGACUCUGCAGGUGUUGGUGUUCCUGUGGCAUACUGCAUCAGUAAUCAUGUGACACAGGAUUUCAUCAAGCAAUUUUUUCGAGUUCUUAAACCUAAGCUCACAAAAUCAUUGACUAGCACAAAAGUUUUUAUGUCAGACAUGGCAAGUGAGUUUUAUAGUGCAUGGAAAGAAGAUUUUGGAGAAAGUGAGAAUGUGUUUUAUUGUACUUGGCAUGUGGAUCGCAGGUGGACAGAGAAGACAAAGGUAAAGGGUUUGGGCAAGCAGGCAGAAGUUUACAGAGCGUUGGUCACAUUGAGAAAUAUUUUAGAUAAAGAAUUGUUUGAGAUAGCAGCGGAAGGAAUGAAGAAUAUGCUAGAAGAAGACAUUGACACCAAACCGUUCAUUCAAUAUCUAAACAAGUCGAGGGGGAAACGACUAAGGUAAUCCGGCUGACAGCCGAAAGGUAAUCCGGCAGGGGUAAUCCGAGGAAAUUCUAAAAAAUCCGUGGUAAUCCGGGGGAAUUUUGGGGUGAGCCGGGAAAAAUUUGCGGGUAAUCCGGGGUAAUCCUAGAGAAAAAGCAACGUAAUCCGGAGGACCCUCCGGAGGUAAUCCGGGUAAUCUGUAAUCCGGCUGACACAAAGUUUAACAGUCGUUUUCCCCUCGAAACAAGUACAUCAGCUGCAAGGAGAAGUGGGCAUAUUGCUACAGUGGUGAGUUAGGAUUAAGUACCAACAUGUUAAUGGAGUCGAUGUUUAAAAAGCUCAAGUACAGCUACAUGAAAGGGAAGAAGUUGAGACAUUGAUGAGUGUAUGGAUAUUUUACUCAAAUGGACAAAGAAUGUGGCUUGUGAAAGGAUAACAAGAUUGUGCAAGGGUAAUAAUUCUUACCGACAAGGGCUUUUAAAUGACAGACAUAAAUGGAGUUAGGACAUAAGGAAAGAGGAUAUUGUUGAAAUUGAAGAUAAUUUGGCUUGGCGUGUUCCAUCUUCUCGACUAGGAUUAGAUAGCUUCUACACUGUGCAAAGAAAAGAAAAUACUUGCUCUGGUUGUGAGCUCUUUUGCAACCAUUGCAGUGUUUGUCAUCAUGAGUUUUCAUGUAGCUGUCAGGAUUAUGUUCCACAUGGCAACAUGUGCAAACAUAUUCAUGCACUUACUUCAUCAUUCAUCGUGCAUAUUGACAAUCCUGACAGGAGCUCAAAUGAGAAGAUCAUGAGCAAAGUGUCUGCACUUUGUGAACUUGCUAAUGAUAAUGGUUAUAUUGACAAUGAUAUUUGAAAUUUCUGGAACUUCUUCGGAAAGAGCUUGAAACUUCUGAACAUGUCUCUCCCUCUGCUCCUCUCACUCCCUCUGCACCUCUCACUCCCUCUGCACCUCUCACUCCCUCUGCUCCUUGUACUCCCUCUCUCUGCCUUUCUCCUCUACUUCCUACCCCAACACCUCUCUUUCCUCCUACUCCUCGCUCUCCCCGUACUCCUUCAAGUUUUACUCCAAGAAUGUCCCAAACGAACACUAUAAUAAAAAAGUUUCAACUCAGAGAAGAUUAGUAAACAAGUUUCGAUCAACCAAGAAAAAGCCAUUGAAGAAAAAGAGAAAUUUAGCCAAGCCAACAUUUUAUCAACAAGCCUCAUAUCUUACCAGUUUUGCUUUGGGUCCUGACCAUGAGGUCACGAAUGUCCAUGCUCAGGACUUUGACCACAACUAUAGCCAGAUGGAUUUGGAUGACAAUUACUGAUGUGUGUGGUUUUUGUUCCCGCUAUUCAAAAUUUAACCUUUCAAAAUUCCUUUUCAGAUAUACUAAUAUUUAACCUUUCCAAGUUCCUUUUCAGAUGUUCUAAUAUUUAACCAUACAAAAUUUCUUUUCAGUUAUUAUUUUGAAAUCGAAGGUAUUACAAGUAAGCCAUUUUUAUACUCAUUCCAUUUCAUUUGUAUGCAUUAUCAUGCAUACCUUUUUUACUACAUACUAAAUACUAUAUUAUUGUUACUUGGUACUAUUUCUGCACCCUCAGUUGCCGUGAAGUUGCCUGGGCUUCACCCAGGCGACCUGGUUCUGGAGGUUGUAGGCGAGAAUUUGUUUCCUUCUCGUCUAAUCUAUAUUGUAUUUAGUCAUGUAUUUUUAUAACAUAAAUGUAUUUGAAACAUCUGUCCUCUCGCAGGUUCUCUCAGUAAUACUUUUUUUAUCCUAUCCCUGUAGCAAAGAAGAAAAUAUGCCUUACUCAAAGUACUGCGGUGGUUGUAGUUAGUUUAAGGUUUUUUUUAAAAUCGCGCUUGCGGCCGUCGCGCUUAUGGCGGGUCGCGCUUGUGACAGUUCGCUCUUGUGAACGUCACCGUAUUUUCAUACGCCAAUAUUCGUCAUCAAAGGGCUUGAACAAUGGUGUUAUUUUGUGCAUCCGAGUAUGACUGACACUAACUUUUGGUGUGGAAUACUCCCGAGUUUAGUUUCUGAGUGCCCCAAUUCAACACUUUGUGCCUACCUCUCACUUACGUACUAAUUCGUACACCCAGGCCUGUACUAAAGACGUUCUAAUUCGUACUAACAGCGUAAUAACGCGUACUUAUGUAAAAAAAAUGUGUACAUCGGGAAACACAAUCAGAAACAAUCAUGAAACAAUCACACACAAUCGUAAACAAUCACAGACAAUCCGAAACAAUCAUGGUGGAUUUCGUCUCGUGAGACCCGUUGCCUCACGGUGAGGCGGCCUCAUUGACACCUGAUGCCUCAGGCACGUUCCUAUUUUCCUAUGCAGCCGACGCAUCGAACAAAACACAAUCGGUCUUACAUCGGCGCAAACAAAUGAAUGUCAUGUAUUGAUUCAAAUGGAAGCGGACUCCGGUUGCGGUUUUCAGUAAGUAAAGGGAUAGAAAAUAUGAAUGCGUCUUUUUUUUGCUAAUAAUUUACGAUAUCUUAUACUACAAAUAUUACAUAAGAUCGACAAGAAUACGUUGGUGACGUGAAUUGUCAAAGAGGGUUCUCAAAUAAUAACCUUGCUUCACGACAAUUAUAGAUUAAGAAUAUUUAGAUAUCUAACGGUUAAAGAUAUAUCAUACUCCCUUAACUGUAUAACACACGAUUGAAACAGUCAAAAUAUACUAGGUAGAGGUACGCCAGACCACGUCUCGCGUAACAGGCUUCGCGAUAUCUCACGAAACACUGUUACGCUGCGACGCGCCUGGCAUACAUCUACCUAGGCCUGCGGCGCUGACACCCGAGUCGGAAAAAGGCAGAGUCGUAGAUAGGCCUUUGGCUCCCAGAGACACAAAUUUUGACGAGUUACCCCACCAGAGAUUGUCAAAUAUCUGAGAAACAACAUUAAAAUGGUUUGGGGUCAUUUUCGUGUGGAUAUCGCCCUCUGGCGACUAAACGGUUAGAGAUAGAGCCAAACGGACAAAAUUUUGGCCCUAUGGGCUCUACUUUGACGAAUUACGUCUUAGAAAGAUUUAAAAAAAAUUAAAAAUUAAAAGGAAGAGGCGCUGAAGAGCUCCUCGACGACCCUGGAGAGCUUCCGGGCGAGCCUCAGCACCAGAACGAGCCUAACCAGGACGAGCAUCAGCACCAGAACGAGCCUCCACCGCAUGCAGCUCAAGGGGCACCAGCUGACCAACAGCCGCCUGCUCCUCCUGCUGGUCGUGGCCGCGGUCGCGGUCAACGCCUUCCUGGUGUCGCUGCAGGCCCUGGGCGCGGUCGGGCUGUUCCGCGGCGCGCUGAAUUGGACGACAUGCUGGAGCAGGCCAUCUUCCGGCGGCGGAACGCACCGCCACCUGCACCACCCCCUCCUCAUGAUGCGAAUGCGGCGUUCUGUUGGCAGAUAGGCUGCGGGUGUACCCGGUACCCGUGGCACAGCAACUGCAGGAUAGGCUACUGCAUCACUCGGCUGCGGACGGGGUGGAAUUGAUGCAGGAGUAUGCGGCGCAGCAAGAAUAGGAAUUUAAUUAUGUGUCAUUGUAUCAUUAUUAUUUAUUUUGUUUACAUUGAAAGAUUAUCCUGUGUAGCACAUACAAGAACAUAAGGAUUUAUUAUAAGGAUAAAUAUAAUUUCAUUGAAAUAAUACAAGUAAAAGAGGGUAGA